CAAUCUGACCAUGGCGGUAUGACAACAGUCCUCGAGAUUCGAGCUGGAGGCACUCGGCGAACGCGCCAGUAUUAGUUUAGCUGCCUUGCCGCAAGACGCGCGCCGCUACAAGCCGGUGAGCUGUGCUAGUGAUAUCAUCUAUUAGAAUAAACGCAUAACGCUUCCCACCUCAUAUACCUAUAUUCGCAACAAUGUCUGAAGAUAACGCGAAGGCCGUGGAACAAGUGACACAGGAAGUGAAGGACGUCGAGCUGGAGAAUGGAACGGCUCCGGGAUCAGCCAACGGAACGCCGAGCAAGAAUGACGACAGUGUCAUACCAUUUAAGGAUGCUUUUAAGAUGUUCUCCAAGUUCGGAGAUCCGAAGUCAGAUGGUAAACAAAUUACCCUGUCACAAAGUGAUAAAUGGAUGAAGCAAGCUAAAGUGAUCGACGGAAAGAAAAUCACUACAACGGACACUGCCAUUCACUUUAAAAAACUUAAAUCAGUGAAGCUUGGUAUUGAUGAUUACCAAAAGUUCUUAGAAGACCUGGCUAAGAGCAAGAAGGUAGAGUUAGAAGAGAUAAAGACAAAAUUGACAACCUGUGGACAACCUGGCGUAUCAACUCACUUGACGAAGUCUGCCGCUGCUGCUGCGACCGUUGAUAGAUUGACAGAUACGACCAAAUACACCGGCUCUCACAAACAACGAUUUGACGAAACCGGCAAAGGCAAGGGGAUAGCCGGAAGAAAAGAUCUCGUCGACAGUUCCGGCUACGUCACCGGAUACCAGCACAAGGAUACAUAUAAUAAGCAUUAGCCGUAUUUAUAUUAUCCGUUUUAUUUACCUACCUAGGUUUUAAACGAUUUCUUAUGGGUGAAAUUCUGUCACAUGAACCUUGAAAUGAUCAGGCCCCUAAUAUUAAAGUAAUAGUUAUGCUGUGAAAAGUGAUUAUAGAGAUUAAAACAAACAUUAAAGAAUUAGGAACAUGAGCCUGACAAAAAUGUUACGUGCCUUUAAUUUAUAUACUUAUAUCUUAUUUUCGAUGUUUUUAUCAACGUACGUUUUGUAUUUCAGAUAUAACAUUCCUUUUAACGUAAUAAAUUAUUGAAUAAUAAAUUAGAGUUUAAGAUACUGCUGUUUGAAUGUCUUCUAUAAACGUCUAGUCGUGGUUAGUUUAGAUUCUUUAAUAAAGAAAUAAUUAUAAAUAUGUUCAAAAAUCUUUACAAAAAAAUAUAAGGGUACCUCAAACGCACGUUCUAUUUUCAUAUAAAUUAAAAUAAAAAACUAUACAAAAUUUCUUACAGUAGGUAAACUAUCUACAAUAAUAAUAAUAUUUUUAAAAAUAUAUUAUAAUUUGCAACAGCCCUUAUGGUUCGGCUACUUGCAUCGAUUCGUUUUAGCACUCAAAAAUGUGGACAUUGUGGAUAUAUUUAUUUACCAUCGUCGGAUGUAUCAUUAAUGAUCCGAUUGGUUCAGAGUUUCAGGCAGGUUUUAAUGCGAUGAGGCUAUUUAUAAAUAAAAUGUUGCUAUUUGCUAUACUCUAUUUAAAUUUCAAGUGCAAAGUACACUCACUUUUAAUCAAAAUAUAUUGAAAUUGAUAAAAUCGAUGAAACUAUUUCAAAUUAUAUUUCGAAUUUCACUCUUUUAAGAUGCAAGGACAUUGUUAUGUAUAUGAGAAACAGUUUAAAUUGGGUGAGAGCAAAACUAUUUGUCUACAGAUACACACAAGCACUAAGUAAAGAGACCUAUUAGGAGUUUCGGACUGACGUUUGAGCGUGUAACCGCAUAUCAAUUAAAAUGUUCAUUACACCUACAUUAAUGUUUAGCGCAAUUAGUUUUAUUUAUUUAUUAAUAUUGAAUAUUUGCAUAUUUGUAUUUUAAUUCAAACAAAUUUAGUGUAUCUCUGGCAAAAAAAAAAAAAAAAUUAAAGCAUGAAUGUAACUUGUUUUUGUUUAAGCAAUAAAAUAAAUAUUGUGGAAAAAAAA